GACACACAGACACAGACACACAGACAGACACACAGACAGACUCACAGACACACACACAGACACACAGACACACAGUGAGGCACACAGACAGACACAGGGAUCACCCCCGCCGCUACCGCGGGACAAUAAAUAGACACACACACAGAUAUAUAUAUAUAUAAAGGCGCAUACGACACGGAGAUAGACAAACAGACGGAUAAGCAAAAGGAGACAGAGAGACAGACAGGACCGAGACAAAAGAGACAGUCACACGUAAAGAGACACUCACAGAGAGAUACGGACAGGCACACCGACUUACAGACAGGGCGGGUAUACAGACAGACAGACACACCAAGAAAGAUACAGAGCGUCAAACGCUCAGAAAAAGACACAGUCAGACAUAAGCACACAGCCGGGAAGAUACUCAGAACGACACAGACCACCACUCCUCGUCCCGCCGCGUAAAGCUUUAACAGACUUUUGGGGCAAGUGCUGUUAGCGAGCACCUACACAGACACGCAACGCAGUCACAGACGUGCAUAGAUAUAGACACAGUCAGAGACACGCACGCCACUGCGCAAACGUUAAAACAAACACACACACACACCAAAAAAAAAAAUCUUCAACUCAAAUAAUUACAUCUCCUCCCACCCACUGACCUCCUUGGAAAGAAUACAUUUUUAUAUAUAUCCGUGGGACCUCCUGCGAAUUUGAGUUCGUUUCAGACACCCCCCCCCCACCACACCAGGCAAAGCCAUGUCGGCAUUCGCCAGCACCACCCACAUUCUGUUCGCCGCUCAGGCCGUGGCGAGCGAACUUCAGGCGUUCAGGCCAAGCCUCUCGCUCAAGCCGUCCGGCCUCUCGUCCCUGGCCGAGAUCAUCACGUCGGACAUACUUCACAGUUUCCUUUACGGCCGCUGGCGCAGCGCUCUCAACGAGCAGAGAGACAUCGGCGGCGGCGGCGGCGGCAUCGGAGGCGCCAGCGAGAGAGCCAGCGGAGCAUUCAAGGCGGCGCGCGGCAUCGGCGAUGCGAUGGUCUCCGGCGUGGUCCCUCCGUUUAGCUUCUCCGGAGGCGUCGCCACUUUGGCCAAGCUGGACAAGAUGUCGAGUUUGGCUCUGCCUGCCGAACUCACCGUGGCACCAAGCUCCGUGCCCGGGGAAGACCUGGGCAUCUACACGAGAACCUGGAUCAAGCAGGGGACCGAGAUGGGACCUUUCACGGGCAAGAUGAUUCCCCCGGACGGUGUGGACAUCUUCAAGAACAACAACCUCAUGUGGGAGGUGUUCAACGAGGAUGGCACGGUGCGUCACUUUGUGGACGCGAGCCAGGACAACCACCGCAGCUGGAUGACUUACAUCCGCUGUGCGCGCAACGAGCAGGAGCAGAACCUGGAGGUCGUGCAGAUCGGCAACAGCAUCUACUACAAGGCCCUGGAGCCCAUCCCGCCUGACCAGGAGCUGCUGGUGUGGUACAGUUUCUCGCACAACACCUUCCUGGGCAUCCCCGGAGUGCCCGGCAUCGAAGACGAACAACGCAAGAAGCACAAAGACGACGAACUCCAACUUCUCGACUGCCAAGGUGUCGGCGGAGGCGGCGGCGGCGGCGGUGGUGGCUUCAUCAUCAGCAGCAGCAGCGCCAGCAGCAGCAGCCUCAGCCUCAGCAGCAGCAGCAACAGCAGCAACCUCGGCGGUGGCGGCGGCGGCGGUGGCGGCAGCAAACUGCGCUGCGUCAUCUGCCACCGCGGAUUCAACUCGCGCAGCAACCUGCGCUCCCACAUGCGCAUCCACACGCUGGACAAGCCCUUCGCCUGCCGCUUCUGCAGCCGCCGCUUCAGCCAGUCGUCGACGCUGCGCAACCACGUGCGCCUGCACACGGGCGAGCGCCCCUACAAGUGCCACGUGUGCCAGAGCGCCUACUCGCAGCUCGCCGGCCUGCGCGCCCACCAGAAGUCCGCGAGGCACCGGCCCGCGGCCCUCUCGGCCGCCGCUGCGACGGCGGGUGGUGGGUUCUUUUGGCAAAGUGGCAACAGCAAGUGGUACGGCAACGGCGGUGGCGGCGGCGGCGGCGACGACGAGGAGGACGGCGUUACAGUGCCUGCCUGUCUCGGCUUCACCGAGAAGUGGGGCCCAGAUGUCCUCAGGAAGGGAUGGGGGAAUCACUCGGACUUGACAUUCCAAGAAUCCAUAAACGAGAAAAUCCCCACCAAAAAAAAAUCCACUUCCCUGGAGGAGGAAACGAGCCGAGAGACGGUUUGGACGUGGCUCUGCGCCAAGACGGUUUGGACGUGGCUCUGCGCCAAGAAGGUUUACGAGGAACGGCGUUCCGGGGAACCGGCGUUCUGGCGGACCGAACCCGGCUGCGAUGGAGUCGCCGGACGCGACUGGAGCGCCCCGCCACAGCUGCUCCGUGUUAGCCGCUAUCCCCCGCCACCUCCGCCGACCGAAAUCCCCGGCGGCGUGGAGCUUGGGUCCCCGGCCGCAGGAGUCGAUGACGGAUCGGAGGAAAUCGCCGUCUGUGACGGGAGUCACGUGAUUGCCCGGGGGGUGGGGGGAGGUGCCUGGGAGGACUGUGUCCGUUUCCGCGUGCGUCCACCGUCCGUGCCGGUGCGCUCUCGCCGGAACAUCGUCACUAGCAGCCCGGACGUCGCUGCCACCGCCACCGCCGCGUCGCUCUGA